GAGGCCGCCGAGCUCAAGAAGAGAAGAGCGUUCCGCAAGUUUUCCUACCGUGGUAUCGACCUUGAGGAUCUCCUCGACCUCGACUCCGAGCAACUCCGCGAUGUCGUACAUGCGCGUGCCCGCAGACGCAUCAACCGCGGCCUGAAGCGCCGCCCUAUGGGCCUCAUCAAGAAGCUCCGCAAGGCCAAGCAGGAGGCCAAGCCCAACGAGAAGCCCGACCUCGUCAAGACGCACCUCCGUGACAUGAUUGUCGUGCCCGAGAUGAUUGGCAGCGUCAUCGGCAUCUACUCCGGCAAGGAAUUCAACCAGGUCGAGAUUAAGCCUGAGAUGGUCGGCCACUACCUUGCCGAGUUUUCUAUCUCUUACAAGCCCGUCAAGCACGGCAGACCCGGUAUCGGUGCCACGCACUCGUCGCGUUUCAUUCCUCUGAAGUAA